AUGGCGCAAACCGAACCGAAUCAACGUCACGCAGCCGCGAUGUCCGUCGCUGAGCUUGUAGCAGGUGUCACUGACGCAACUCAAAGCGAUGAUCUCGUCCAUGUCGACCACCUGAACGCCCUCUCACAGUUAUGCUCAUCCUCGCUCUCUCCGUCCGAUGUAGAGCUGCUCAGACAGUUAAAGAGCUAUAUCCUGUCUGGUCAAUUACAAGCCGUUGAAAGUGACGACGCAUCGGAGCUUCACUCAGCCAAAUGGCAAUUACUGACGGCAUUACUGCGUGUUGGUGAUAUCGAAUUUACAGCUUCCGAACAAGAUUUACAGACAAUUUUGAGCUUAAUGCUGAAGGAUCGGUUCGAGUCGAGUGAUGUAUUGGCUGCAAUGACACAAUGGUUGGUACAGAUGAAGAGCAAAAAUGCCCCAACCAAGGCCAAUAUGCUGGUUGUAAAGCUUGAGAAUGGGGAGGAAGAAGAUUCGUACUUGGAUGUGAUCAAGCAGAUGUACGUGACGUUGCGAAGCUCCAGUCUUCGACAAGAAUUAGCAAAAGUUUUGAGGAAGUUGAUCACGACAAAGGACCAGGCUAAACAGGUUGUAAAGUCUGGUGUGCUGCGCUGUCUUUUGCAGGUUGCAUUGGAGCAACCGAACGAUGUUGUUGACGGGACAUUGCUGGAUAACUUUGCCUUGGUGGGGGUGCAGGUCUCUUCGCUGGUUUGUUUCGGUUCUACGUCGGAAUUGUCAUUUAAAAACACAAAGAAAAACCAUGUGGAUGAGAAGCGACGGAAUGUUUGUGAGCUAGUAGUGAGGUUGAUGCUCAGUGGUGUGUCGUUCGUGUUUGCCGACACCAUCCGUAUGCUCCAAUUGCUGAUCGACAAUGCUCCGUGCCGAGCCAUGCUGCCUGAAGUGCCAGAUCUACGUGGUGCAUUGGAGAAAGCAUACACUUUGGCGAGAUUGAGGGAAAGCAAAUUCUCACGAGAUGUAUAUCUAAAGGAGCUAUGCGAGGCACAAUAUGGAGUACUGAGUCCCGAGAUCGAUACGUAUGAACGUCAGCACGGGAGCGUCGUGGGAUUACCUCCAAACGACGAGACUCUUCAAGAUGGCAAAUCAGGCGAGCUAGCUUUGGAGUUGGCAACGAACUACAAGACACAAGGCAACGCGUUCUUCCGCCAUGGCAACUACCCUACAGCUCGAGCGUUUUAUCGACGUGCGAUUGCUGUGCUGAGAGCCGCGCAGCUUCAACAAGAAACGUCGCUGCGAUCGCUAUCUGCUGAUGAACUAUUAUCUCGCUGCAGUAUUGGUGCAAGCGUUCAGGUUCGUUCGUUAAGAGGUGACGAAUGGCAUGAUGCGAUGGUCUCUGAUGUUGAAGGAAGAGGCGCUACCAGCCAAGUCGAAGUGCUUUAUGAUGCUGACGAUAGAGAAGACGAGUGGGUCUCUAUCUCUCGCAUUCGACUGCGUAUGAACACGACGCUAUUAAGUGCAUUCGAUGAUUUAGCGGUGGAUUGCUCCAUGAACAUGGGCAAGGCUUUCACUUCUCUCGGUGAUCAUGAUCAAGCUGUUCAGUGCUUUACUCACGCGCUAUCUCUUCGCGGGGGCAAGCUCAUAUCAGCGCUGUAUUCCCGUGGAGUGGCCAACAUGGCGCGUCGUGAUCUUACCGCCGCACAACAAGAUCUCUGGGAAGCUAAUCAACAGUGCCGAGUGCAACAAAAGAGUAGUGUUAGCGGUGGCACAAGCACAACAAACACCAGAGAUACAGAGAAGAUGCGUGCUUUACACAAACAAAUUGUAGCCGCAUACAAGAAGCUGCAGCAAAUGCACGCAAACAAGAAGCGUCUGGACAAGAAGGUCAUCAAGCAAAUGGUCAAAUAUUUGUCCUCGAUCCCGGCACUGCAAGACCAGUAAAGUGGAAAUGGGUUUGAAUUUGAUAGUUUUUCACCGAAUUUGACUGGAACAUGUAGAGAUAUCCUGGGUACGUGGUCUUGGCUUGAAUCUAAGCUGGGCCGACACGAAUACCCUUUGUCGACUGCUCAUAUGCGCAGGUUUCCAUUAGAAUACGCUGUGCUUUGGGGUGUUCGAUGAAAACCUGCAGCUCUGAAAUGGCUCGUUCGACGUGGCCCUCCUGGUUGUUAAGGUACGCGUAUUCCUCAGCGAUAUUCUGGUAGCGUCGCGUGAUUUCCGUCAUCUGCAACACAUUAAAGACACAACAUCAGCAUCAGAUUUCUUCACGCAGCUAGC